GUAGGAUGACAGUAAUCUCAUCUCCCAAACUCUUGCAGAAUCAUCAUCAAACCGUCCAUCACCAUCAUCUCUAAACCCAAAACCCACCAAAACCACCAAUUUCCCAAAACCCCAUCACACCCUAAAUGUUUUCCACCACUCUCACAAAUGGGUUCCCCUCAAAAUCCAACCUUUCUCCAAAAACCCGUUUCCCCCAAUUCCAAAUCCGCUCCGGAAUCCGCGAAAUCCGAGAACGAAUCAACACCGUCAAAACCACCCAAAAAAUCACCGAAGCAAUGAAACUAGUCGCCGCCGCCAGAGUCCGCCGUGCACAAGAAGCCGUAAUCAACGGCCGACCUUUCUCGGAAGCCUUCGCUGAAGUUCUCCAAAACAUCAACCAAAAUCUCCAAAACGACGACGUUGAAGUCCCUUUAACCGCGGUUCGACCGGUAAAAAACGUUGCUUUAGUUGUCAUCACCGGUGACCGUGGCUUAUGCGGCGGUUUCAAUAAUACCGUUGCGAAAAAAGCCGAAGCAAGAGUUCAUGAAUUGAAGAAACUAGGUAUAGGUUGUGUUGUUAUAAGUGUUGGUAAAAAGGGUAAUUCUUAUUUUAAACGUAGGAGUUUUGUUGAAGUUGAUAGAUUUAUUGAAAAUUCGGGUUUUCCGACAACAAAAGAUGCUCAAAUUAUUGCUGAUGAUGUUUUUUCAUUGUUUGUUAGUGAAGAAGUUGAUAAAGUUGAACUUGUUUAUACAAAAUUUGUAUCUUUAGUUAGGUUUAAUCCAGUGAUACAAACAUUGUUACCAUUAUCUAAAAAAGGUGAAGUUUUUGAUGUUAAUGGGAAUUGUGUUGAUGCAAUGGAAGAUGAGUUUUUUAGGUUAACUUCAAAAGAUGGAAAAUUGGCAUUGAAAAGAGAUAAUUUUGUUGCGACGAAGAAGAAAACAAAUGAUGGGUGUGUUCCACUUAUGGAAUUUGAACAAGAUCCUGCUCAGAUUCUUGAUGCAAUGAUGCCACUUUAUCUGAAUAGUCAAGUUUUGAAAGCAUUGCAAGAAUCAUUGGCUAGUGAACUUGCUGCUAGAAUGGGUGCUAUGUCUAAUGCAACUGAUAAUGCUGUUGAGUUGACGAAAGAGCUUUCUAUUGCUUAUAAUCGAGAAAGACAAGCUAAGAUUACUGGUGAGAUUUUGGAGAUUGUGGCCGGAGCUGAGGCGUUGAAACCGAUUGAUUGAUUAUUUUUGAUUUUUUUGCAUUGUAUUGUUGAGAUUGGUUAUUAACUUAUUGUUGUUAAUAUGCACAACAUAUGAGAUUGUAGAGUUUCCUAACUUUACUUAUAGGUUGUUAUUCAAAGUUGAUUGAUCAAGAAAUACAGAAUGUAGGCGGGGGAUUUUUUCACCCUUGAUUCAUUUAUUUGUUAUGGUUCAAGGAAAA